AUGAACGAUGAUAUGGAAUCUCAAAUUGAUUUUCCCAUCACACCUAUAGCAUUUCUUUUUUGUUGUUUUGAGAAGAUCGAGAAAUCUUUGAUCUCAGACAGUGCAGUUAAUCAGAAGGUCUUUUCAUUUUACUUAAAACUUUCCAUUUUGAACCCAUACGAUUGGAUCUACUUGUUCAACCUUGUUAUGAAAGAUGAAAAGAAGUAUGAUCCUAUUGUAGCGCAUUUGAAAAGAAUGAUCAUCUGCUACAUCCUGGUAAUUGCAAAAACAUAUGUAGUGAUCACAUCAAUUCUGAAAAAGAGGCCCAUUCUAGAAUUGGAAGAGAAACCAAAGGAUAUUCAAAAUCUGAGAGUAAGAGUUAUCCAAAAUGAGAAUUUGAGCAUCAUUUACAAUAGAAAAGAAGGACAAGCAGUCUAG